AGAUUUAACCACAAAUGUCAACAAAUCGACAGAACGUCACUAAAUUUCAUCAAAACGAACGUUCAAAUGAACACAUAAUCAACUAUGACAGAUGUGUCAUAGUCUCUCAAGCAAGAAUCUGUCUACCAUAUGCUGGUAGCUUUUUCGUUGCGUUGUGCAUCUUUUAAAGGGCAAUCAAGAAGAGCAAUGGCUUAAAUAUAUAAACGUGAGGACAAUAGACCAUGAAUGUUACGUAAAGCGAUUACAAACCCAUUAGAACAGAUAAUGUUGUGGGUACAGCAUACCAAAUAAUUGUGCCUUUAAUCAAUUAGGGUAAGUAAGUUGCGGUCAUUCACUUGUUAGAAGAUGAACCACAUUUUCAUUACAAGAACAAAGAUGAAGAACUACCCCAACAGAACAAACCAGGCUGGAAUUCAAUUAUCAAGUAAAGAUGCAGCUAAAGAACAAGCACAAUUUUAACUUGUUAUCAUUGCAAUUCACUUUCUUGUAGUUGAAGAUUCCGAAGUGAGAGUUUAUUUUUCUUUUAGACCUGCCAAUCAGUACCUUAUGUCAAAUGAAUGUACAUUUUCAUAUUGUAUUCACACUAGCCGCUUUGCUCUUCGAUUUUUGAAUAAAAAGUACAUGUAGUAUUUUCCAUUAGUUCACAUUUGAAACUUCAGACCCGUACAAUUUAUUUGAAAUACAUUACAGAUAUAAAGACUACCAUCGUUUACCCUAAAAAUACCCGCUUAAAUUCUGAAAGUUGUAUUUCCUCUAUUUAAUAACACAUAAUUUUAUAAACCCUACUUAUUUCGCUCAGCAUACCUAAAAAUAAUACCACGAUUGGGUGUGAUUACAAUAGCCCAAUCUCCAACCGUCAACCACAAGCACUAUACAGAGCCUAUGAUGAGCCAAUCAUAGGUCAUCGUCACAGUCGACCAACGAGUAAGACUGCCGAUUGGUCAUCUGCGUAGAGCUUAAUUUCUACACCUGUCAGAUCACGCAUGCGCUGUGCACAGCUGCACCAAAGUCCAAUUCUGUAAAUGAAAGCAUAAAAACAUGUAGUCCUGAUAUUAUAAAUACAUAUGCAUUCAUUCAGCCGAGUUUCAAGCAAUUUAUCUGUUUGUGUUAACUUACCCCUACAGCGCAUGCUCAGUUCACGGUUGAAUCCUUCAGCCUAUUACAAACGGACCCCCAAAAGCCGUAGAUGGGGGCGCGCCUUUUGUUAGACGCGCAUGACAACGUCACUUCAUUCAAGAUCACUUUGUAUACGUUGAAUGCUGCGGUUUACGGAUAGGGAGAAUGCUGGUCAGGCACACUGGCAGAUUCACCUACCAUAUGAAUCAGUGUUACAGGCACACAGUUCAUUAGCAUAAUCAUGACGUGUGGCCUCUGAACUACCAAGCACUGCUAAGGUAAAGCUUCAGAUUUGACACGGAGUUUAGUAGCAACCACCACACACACCACAAACUCAUCAUCGAGCUCUUAUACUCCACUAAAUAAUGGCUUGUCGUCAGUUCAUCGUAUAGCUUCCUUGGAAGUCGGACUUCCACGCAACUUCGAACUCUAGUGGCUAUCGAUCAAUCAAAUUAGUAACAAAUUGGCAAGUGCGCAUCUUGGGACUUCAGCAAGUUAGUGGACUUGUAUUUUCUUCUUCUUGGAAAAUCAGCUGAACGAGUCAAGAUGCCUAGGUCUUUCUUGGUUAAAGCGAAGGGGAAAAAAGUCACCUACGCACCUGCCAUCAACAUGGAUGCAGAGGCAAGAAUGGUCAGUGCAUUCACGCCUGUAACACCUCGGAAGAAAGAGCUACCCGUUGGCUGCGACUUGGAGAUUGAACGAGCCGUGACUAUUGGACCGUAUGAAGCUUCUGCGGUGCCCGGCAAGCAACACAGCCCAACUCAAAGCAUCGACCAACGCUUGGUUGAAAUGACCGCCAUGUCACAGAGACCGCCUCUACCGGGACCAAUCACCAUCUUGCCCUGCUCCCUUCCUCUAGGCUACCCACCACAACGACCCCUAGGUAGCCCCAGCCAGCGGUGGCCCAGUGAGAUCUCCAGCUAUGACAUCCCUUCACCGCCGGCCAAUGGCUUUAUCAGCCGUGAAAUAUCUGAGCUUCUGAAAGAUGGCCGCCUUAGCUACACUGACGUCUACAGAGCCCGCUUUGCACAAAUCGAGAAAGAUUUACUAAAGUCCUUCUCUCUUGAGGAUAUGAACUGGUACCGGGCCAAGCUGGGAGUGAAUGUUCCCACCUAUGCCCCGACACUCCCCGAUGUGGCAGGUUUCAGACCUCAAGGAUUUGUGGGGAUUGACCGUCCACCUUUACAGAGAAGAUUCUCCUCGGAUUCUGAUGAGCUUCCUUCCGAGAGGAAGUUGUUCACUCCUUCACCAACACUGUGUGGUUCUCCCGGCCAACAUGGUACUUACACCUGCCUGGACUGUGACAAGGUGUUCAGUACCCCUCAUGGACUAGAGGUUCACGUGCGCCGGUCACACAGCGGCAAGAGACCGUAUGCUUGCGACCUGUGCCACAAGACGUUCGGUCACGCCGUUAGCUUGAGUCAGCACCGGGCAGUUCACAGCCAGGAGAGAUCGUUCCACUGCAAGCAGUGUGGCAAGACCUUCAAGAGAUCAUCCACUUUAUCGACUCACAUGUUGAUCCACUCCGACACGCGGCCUUACCCUUGUGAGUACUGCGGAAAACGAUUUCACCAGAAGUCUGACAUGAAGAAGCACACUUAUAUUCACACAGGUGAGAAGCCACACAAAUGCCUCGUGUGUGGUAAAGCAUUCAGCCAGUCUUCGAACCUUAUCACGCACAGCCGUAAACACACGGGAUACAAACCGUUUGGAUGCAAGAUCUGUGGGCGUGCCUUCCAACGGAAAGUGGAUCUCCGCAGACACUUUGAGACACAACACCCUGACCAAGAGAGAAGCGCAACAUCCAUGAUGGGCGUACUGACCAUGUGAUGGGAACGUCAUCAUCACCUGAUCGUGACAUGAUAACGACAAAGUCACGACACUGGACAUGAUUUGGACAAUAGGUUAUGCACGUUGUGCAACGCAGUCACGCUGAACAGCGCAAACUAACUUGUCGUAUAUUGUUAAUAUUGUAUAAAGUGUAAUAUAUUUACAAAAAAUUAUUCUGUAAGUAAUGUUUAAAACGAAAAUGGCCGCACACAUUUUGAAGUGGAAAUAGCACGUAGCUUACACCAUUGUUAUGAUCUAAAUUUAUUCAGAAACUUUGAAGUACUUUCAGAAUGAAGUUGAGAUUCCCCUCUUAGAAUUAAGAAUACUCAAGAUAUUGUUUUGACAAGUCAUCUUUUAAACAUGUUUCAUGCUUUACACUUAUACUGGGAACAUGAGGCAAUAGAAUAUAAAUGUUGGAAAUUGGCUAGUACGGGUAGAAUCCACGCCGAGAUUGCAGCAAGAAUGGGAGGAGCAUAGAGGUUUACAUGGCUGCCACCUUGCAGGCCAAUACUUUUGUUCUAGAGGGUAUGCAUCAAGGAGGUUUCCUAUGGAACAAAAGAACUGCCCUGCAAGAUGGCCACCGCGCAAAGCCUCUAUAGGAAAUAAACUAGGAGUAGGAGUCAGGAUGAGGUUGGAAACAAAUCUGGGAAAUAAAUAACGUGAGUGUAUGUACCUCUAAAUUGUGUGACACUACCGGGAAACACGGUAAAUCAAAGUUUGUGUUAAUGAUUCUUAUUAUAUGCAAAAUAGACAGAACCAGACAAUCUGAAUAAAAUUACUUUGUUUUACUGGA